UGGUUCAGAGGAAAACAUGAAGAGUACCUCAGGACAGUGUUUUUCUAUUGGUUCAGGGGUGAUUAGUUGGAGUUCUAAGAAGCAAGACUUAGUUGCCAAGUCAACAGCAGAAGCUGAGUACAUUGCUGCUUCUCUUGCUGUAGAUCAAGUUGUGUGGUUUAGGAAACUGAUGAAUGAUUUAAAACAACCUCAGAUACAUCCUAUUGAGUUGUUUUGUGAUAAUUUAUCUGUUGUUGCAAUUGUUAAGAAUCCUAUUCUUCAUGGUAGAGCCAAGCAUAUCAAGAUCAAAUAUCAUUCUAUUAGGGAGAUGGUUAAUGAAGGUGAAGUUCAGGUUUUGCAUUGUGAUUCAGAUGACCAGAUUGCUGAUAUAUUCACUAAAGGAUCGCACAAGUUCAGAUUUGAGACUCUAAGAGACCAGCUUGGGAUGAGCAGCAUUAGUGUCAAGGAGGAGUGAAAAACAGCAAUGUAAAGACAGUGACACAAAUGCUGUCACACUAUUUUUUCAGUUUGUAGCAGUUAUUAGUUGGUUUUUAAUCUAGUUUGUUUUUCCAUUGUAGUGCAGUUAACUUUUAGUUUUUAGUAGUUUUUUUAUUUCCUUGUAAAAAGCAGAUUUGUUCAAUGGAAAAUUUCAGUUCUGCACUUACCAGAUCUUCAUCUCUUUGUUUACAAACUAACACCGGGGAAGAAGGGGAUUUUCAGUUUCUAGGUGGCGCGUGGGAUGGGUUGGAAUUUGGAUUGCAUGAAUCCAUGAUCCAUUCAAAAGAAGGACAGGCCAUACUGGUCCAAUAUGUUUCAUCUAAUUUUUCCUUUUUUGGGGUAAAAAAAAAAUGAAAUUGAGAUGUUAUU